AGACAGUUUCUUUUAAACAACUAUUGAUUUUUUGUGUACCUAUUUUCCCUUUGCAUGUCCAUGUCAGUAAUUCUGUGAAAUAAUCAAUAGUUUUAUUAUUCUCCGCAGUUCGAGCCUCGUUUUCAUGUAGAAGCACACCGGCGUCCGGUCGAGUCACGAAGACCCCAACUUAUGUUAUAAGUAAUUCAUUUGUGCAAUCGCUGCAAGGAUUGUGUUUCGUGAUUAGGAAGCGGUGUUUGUCUUGUUAUUUCCACUUAAAUCGCGAUGACUUUCAAAUAGUGUUGUCAAGGAUCAAAGUGCCAUGGAUCUUCGUACGGAUACCAUGAAACCAGGCGUCGGGGGCGGCAUAAAUAAAAUUUCUUUGCCGUUCUAUGAACCGCCACCGAGGAAAACAAGCGCUGAGAUCAUAAAUGAAGCUCGAUUAGCCAUUAAAGAAUCCCAAAUGGGUGAGAAUACAUUCGCUCCGACCACCAUAAAACCAUUGCAAACCCAAAGACCAUUCACACCAAGGGACAAGGAACGGUUGCUGUUCGGCAAAAGGGCCAAAACCAACAGACCACCGAGUUCCUUCAGUCUACGGUAUCUUCAAAAUGAAACCGAUUUACCCCAAACACCGCCAGACAAUACUAUUUUAUCUCCGUCGAUGCUGGUUAAACAAACCCCUCUGCAACAUCCCCAAAUUGCGCCGCCACAGAAGCAUCAAAGAUCAAACUCCUUAUCAGAAAUAAACGACAGCAUUUUCAACAUUGGUGUCAAAGAGUCUCUGCAUAAAGUCAAAUUACCAUCUUUGGAUAAACUUUCAUCCAAAAAAAAGUUGUUCAGGAACAACACCACUUCUCUGGACAAACUACCUGAAGAAAAUGAAACCUACCCGAGGUCGUCGGAAUCUCGAAAUGCGUUUAGCUCGCCGCAAGAAAGGACGAGUUACGAUUUCGAUUCGCCCUUUGGCAGACCGUCAUCCAAGCAACAAAGUUUAUCUCAAUGUUUAUUGCUUGGUCCGCAGAAUUUAGACAAACUGUUCGACAACAAACAUAUAAUAGAACAUUCCGAAUCACUGUUCAGCAAAUCAGGUUAUUUUCACAGCCAAUUCCAAAGCGCACUUCUGAAUAAAAUACAAAAAAAAUCCAUUUCAGUAGAUACGAAAAAAUUAAGAACAGUGGAUGAUGUGUUGAUUAGUUUGAAUAAGGAGAGUGAAAGGAAAUAUAAAGAUGAUGUUGUGAUCAGUUUGUUGCACGAGUUGUAUGAUUGUAUGGAGAAGGAGAAACUUUUGGAAGGGAAAAUUAAUUCGAAGCUCAAAAUUCAGAUUCUCAAAACGUUGUAUAAAUUUGUGGAGUCCCAAGAGGAACGAAUUCUGAUCAUUAUUGCGAAGAUCAUAUUGGCUCUAAAAGUGACAGGGAACAAUCUCAGUGGAGUCUGCAAAUUGAUAUUUAAGGUCUCUAAAAACGAUAAAAAUGACCAGCUAUUCUUCCAAAAAAACCUACUAGAAUUGUUCGUGGACGCUUUGGGCAGGUCAAGUCCGUUGGACGAUGCAGAAGCCUGCGUUUAUGGGUAUGGAGCAGUGAAAUUUUUGACCAUGAAUUCAAAACUUCUGGAAAAAAUCACAAGCCUUGGAAUUCUCGAGUUAAUGGUGUUGCAUAUCAAAAUUAUAAACACGGCGAAAAUUGAUAAAACCACAAUUCCGGAACAAACCCACCAUGCUUUGUUUCAAUUAACUGGAGCUUUAAGGAAUCUUGUGUCGGAAGAGUUUAUUUAUGAUAAUUUUAUCAGUUGUGGAGCUGUGAAUGAACUGUGUCAAGCUUUGGAAUUCUUCUCUUCAGAUCUGGAUGUUGUGGCCAACAUUUCAAGGACAUUGAGCAUAAUAUCAACGAACGACUGUUGUUGUGAUAGUCUGGUGGAAUACCGAAAUAUUUAUAAAAUUUUGCUGAAUUUGUUCAACAAAUAUCCAGGAAAUGAAGAAAUUAUUGUGAGACUGGCUUACACACUUGGGAACAUAGUUUCAAAAAUAGACAACAGUAGAGUAAAGUUUUUUGAAGAAACAAAUUCGAUAGAGAGCCUGUUGAACAUCUGGAAAAUCUACUUGGAGAGAACUCUUAAAAAUUGCUCACUACAGCUCGAUAACAUUGAUAAAAAUGUGCCCAAUACAGAAGACGUAAUGGUAAAGACAAUUAGAAUUAUAGCAAACAUUGUGAUAAACCCCGAAAUUGGGCGGCAAAUAAAUGAAAAAUACGGCAACUCGUUAAUUGAAGAGACACUCAAAGUUUUAAUUAGUAAUCCUUUUAAGAAGAAUGAGGAGUUAGUUUUAUCAGUACUUAGUACUUUAAAUAAUCUAUCAUAUUAUUAUACCAGUGACAUGGAAAUUGACAUUUUCCACGUAAAGCAAGUGGACAUUAUUGAAGGAAUCACAGAAUAUGCGAAAUCCAGAAACAAAGAAUGCGUAAUUGAGACCAUGAGAAUACUAGGGAAUUUAUCCAGGUCCAAAGCGUCAAGAACUUACAUUGCGGAUUCUGAAAUCUUUGGAGUGUUGAUCAUCCUUCUUGACAAAGCCGACUUAACUUUACUUAAAACUACGGUGGGGGUGUUUGUAAAUUUGAUGUCAGAUAACAGGUCAAGAAAAUUGUUUAAACUUAAUGGAGGAGUGCGCAAGCUUAUUGAAAUUUUGAAGAAUUACUGUGAACGGGACUGGAUGUUGGGGACUCUUGUGUGUCAAGCCCUUUGGAAUUACUGCAUUGAAACACCCAAUCUGUAUGAUUUAAUAACUGAAACCGAAAUACAAGAACUUUUGAUCAUUCUCGCGGAUUAUCUAGAUGAAGAGAAGUUGUUUGGCAUCGAAGAAAACUCAACGGAUCCUGAUCUGUACGUGACUCAAGAAUAUUUAAUAUGGGAGGAGUUUGCCAAUGUGGCAACGAAUUUAUUGGAGAAAAUCGAGUAUUUUUUGGACACAUUUGAUCAAAACGUCAGUGAAAAUACUAAGGACACAAAAGAUUGUAGUACAAAUUUAAGUUUAAAUGCUUGGUAGACAAUUAGAAUAUUUAUAAGUAUAUGGGAAACAUAAACAACAAAAUAUAUUUGCAGUAUCAUUUUGGCACAUAAAUACUGAGCCAGAAUAAUAUAGAGGAUAUAAAGACAUUUUAUUUUAUUACUUUUAUUGCUCAAGAGUUUUGUUACAUACUUAUUAUUUGAACAAAUUAGUUAUUACAAUUUUGAGCUUUAAUAUACAAAUAAGCUUAUUACUUACUAUAUAAUAUAUAAACAUAUAUUUUAUUCUUGUUAUUUAUAUCUACAUAGAACUUUAUAAUAAAAUUAUACAGUCUU